AUGCUACAGACGCAGCAUCUUUACUCCCACCAGCAACAAUACAACCAGCACGAGCAGUCCGCUUGGCAGCAUAAUGGACCCCAGCAAAGUCACGCACCCUUGAGCCAUGGCCAGCAACAGGCGCAAGCCCAACUUGCUGCUGCGCAACACUACUCUCGACUCGCGGCGAACCCCAAUCACAGCUCUUCGCAUGCGCAGGCCACCAACCGGCAGGCCGUGGCCGAUAACGCGCAAAGCUCCCUUGGCGCUUCCCUCACGGCUAUGAACGAGCAGGCGGCGCCGGGCAUGGAUCAACAGCUCUCGGAAGAGAAUCGGAAGGUGCUACAAUGGGUGGCUGAGCUUCUGGACCCAAACCGAAGGGAAGGGGCGCUGAUGGAGCUGAGCAAGAAGCGGGAACAAGUGCCCGAGCUCGCUUUGGUUCUCUGGCACAGCUUUGGCGUCAUGACGAGUCUGCUUCAGGAGAUCAUCUCGGUCUAUCCUCUGCUGAACCCAAGCCAGCUCACGGCAGCAGCCAGCAACCGUGUUUGCAACGCCCUGGCCCUGCUCCAGUGUGUUGCUAGUCACAAUGAGACCAGAGGCCUCUUUCUCAACGCGCACAUCCCCUUGUUCCUGUACCCUUUUCUUAACACGACGUCGAAGUCGAGACCCUUCGAGUACCUCCGCCUCACUUCACUCGGCGUCAUUGGUGCUUUGGUCAAGAACGAGCCGUCCUCCAAUGUUUCGAUCAACCCAUCAGGGACACCUGGCGCCAAUGCCGGCAACUCCUCGCCAACAAUCACUUUCCUCUUGACGACCGAGAUCAUCCCGCUGUGCCUACGAAUCAUGGAAACCGGCAGUGAGUUGUCCAAGACGGUCGCCAUCUUCAUCGUCCAGAAGAUACUGCUUGAUGAUACGGGCCUGGGAUACAUCUGUGCCACGUACGAGCGGUUCUAUGCCGUGGGCACCGUCUUGAGCAACAUGGUCAUUGGUCUGGUCGAGACUCAGACUGUCCGGCUGCUGAAACACGUCGUUAGAUGCUUCCUGAGACUUAGCGAUAAUAAUAGAGCUCGUCAAGCGCUGCGCCAGUGCCUCCCAGAACCACUUCGAGAUGCAACGUUUUCCAACGUCCUCAGGGACGAUGCAGCCACCAAGCGAUGUCUGGCCCAACUUCUCAUCAACCUGAGCGACACUGUUACCGAUGCGCAAAACGACCAAUUUGAGUGA